CCACCAUUGCCCAGAGCACCAGAAGCUUUCUCCUCUCUCCUCUCGGGGUUUCGAUCCAGUAGGUAGGCGAGGCGAGGGGUUCGGUCGUCGGUGAUGGACAGGAAGGAGAGCGGGGAGAAGAUGGAGAAGGUGGAGGUGGGCGACGGCGGGAAGAAGCCGGAGGAGGGGACCAAGCCGGCGACGGCGCCGGUGUGCUUCAAGAAGCCGGCGGGCGAGGACACCGGCAUCCUGGAGACCACCAAGGACUACUUCAAGCAGCUCAAGGACACCAGCGCCGACACGCACUGGGACUGCAUCAAGAACCGGGUCCGCGCCGCCGGCGAGUACAUCUCCAACAAGACCAGCUCGGUGGCGAUUAACCUGUACAAGGAUCCGGAUUUCUUGAUUCUUGCUGUCAAAGUUGGGGUGACCUUGCUAGUCGCUGCCUCUGUGUUUGGCAGGCAGAAGGUGGAGCCUGAGGCCAAGGAGGAGACCCCGGGGGCGAAGCCAGAAGCAGCACCGGCGUCAGGGGAGUCUCAGUGAAGGCGUCCUGAGCUCGUUAUCGUCUUCCAUGAACCAACCUGAAGCUUCAUUCACUGAGAGUUGCGAGGUCUUAUCAGCCUAAGAGUUUUUCUUUUUCGCUUUGUCCUUGUGUUCGCCUAGUUGGGACAUGGUUUGCCUGAGCGAUUUCGCAUUGUAAGACCCGUUCCUAGUUGUGGAUCUUAAUCCGGUUGGUGCCGCCGUCAAUUGCGGUCCGUUUUGGUGA